AUGGAUCAAAUUUCAAAUGGAUCGAUUAGCCACGAGUCGCCUGUCGAAAAUGGUUCGGUAUUAAACCGGAGUUCUAGCGAGCCUGAAUUGGGUAUCGUGGUUAAGGCGUGUGCUAAUGUGGCACAGUCCGUACCAAUGAAAGUUGAUUCGAAGUCGUCAUUAUCGUCGGCUUCCUCGGGAGAGUUUCGGCAAAGGGCCGCCACCCACGGAGGGUCGACGUCAUCGAUGAAGAAACUCGCCAUGCUUCGGAAACAAAGAUUGGCCAAAAGGUACAAUGUGUAUUAAGCUUUGUAACAUAGGCUACCCUACUUCCUGAUUUUAUACCUGUAGCUAAAAGCCGCUGGGGCGUUAACCGGACUAUGCCCAACAGGGAAUAAUAUUGUGCUUCCAGUUCCAACAACAUUUUUGUGUUACAUUGUGUUAUAAGGCAUACAGCUCGCAACAAACCAGUUCAGCAGUUAACCCAUUGAUAUGGCUAUGCAGUUAACCCAUUGCUAUGUCUGGCAAAAUAAUAAUAUGAGCUGCAUUGUUUGGGUUAACCCUUUAAGUGGCAAUGCUCCCUACUUUAUUAUUUUACUCUAUCUAACACCAGGCAAUUUUACUUGGUCAGGGGGAGAGUGCUGCCACUGAAUGGGUUAUAAUCCGACUAUCUGCCCAUGCACCCUGUUAACCCUUUAAGUGGCAAUGUGCCCUACUAAAUAAUUUUACUCUGUCUAAUGCCAGACCAUUUUACUCAUCAUGGGGAGAGCGCUGCCACUCAAUGGGUUAAUGUGCGUGUGUGUGUAUUCGCAACUGUUCCUGGUUACGCCUAAUAAAUGUAUAAAAUUUAUACUCUUUCAUCUUACAUUAUUUUCAUAGUCCGUCGACAUACAGCGAAGAGGAUAGUAACUUGGAUGGUUUGACAAGAAGAUACAGUCAGGAUUUGAUGAAAGCUCAUGCUUUUGACAAGCUACAAGAACAACUGAAUAAGGCGCAAGAGGUGAGAUUUUUUAACACAGUCGUGUAACUUAACUAAUUUUAUUAGAUAAGGAGGUAGGUUUAUUAAGACAUCAACAUUAGUUGCCCGGAGUAAAAUUCAGGUCUACAGUAGUUUUCCCCUGGCUAACAUGUUAACAAAAUUUGUAGCAAAUGAUUUCAGUACAGAUUGAUUAAUCAACAUGUUAAUCUCAUGCUUUCCUGAACAAAAUCAUUUGAAGAUUAACCCAUUGACUCACAUUGCGCUGAUACGCCCUACUUUAUUAUUUUACUCUGUCUAACGCCAGAUGAUUUUACUUGUCAAGGGGAGAACGCUGGUGCUUAAUUAAUGGGUUAACUGGCCUAUCUGCUAAUGUGUCUAGUUAACCCAUCAAGUUGCAUUGCACCCUACUUUAUUAUUUUACUCUGUCUAACACCAGAUGAUUUUACUUGUCAAGGGGAGAGCGCUGGUGCUUAAUUACAGUGAAAAUACAAAAAGUGUCCCACUUCCGCUUCUGUAGUUUGUUGUGAUUUACUGUAAUUUGUUCUGUUUUUCUGUAGCGAUUACCGAUUUAUCUGCAAAUAGUGCGAUAAAAUUUAAAUUUCGUACCUUUUAUGCAAUGAAACUAACGAAAAAUGAAUUAUUUCCCUUUGCUACAAAUUAUCAUAUUUAAAAAGUAGAGAAAACUAAGUUUUAUCGCGGUAUUUGCCGAUAAAUCGGUAAUCGCUACAGAAAAACAGAACAAAUUACAGUAAAUCACAAUGCACUACAGAAGCGGAAGUGGGACACUUUUUGUAUUUUCACUGUAAUGGGUUAACUGGCCUAUCUGCUUAUGUGUCUAGUUAACCCAUCAAGUCGCAUUUCGCCCUACUGUAUUAUUUUACUCUGUUUAACACCAAACAAUUUUACUAACAUUGGACCCCAAACAUGAUAAGGCAGGCUCUGAGCUGUGUUUAGUCAUCACUUUGGACGUAAUGUACCACAAUAAAUUAAUGUUUCUACUUGAUUUUGUUGUAAAUUUAGGAAUUGAAACUAAAAGAUGAAGAGGUGGUAAAGUUGUCCAGUUUACGAAAUGAACUCGAGUCUGAACUGGAAGAAUUGACAGCAAGUUUGUUUCAGGUAAUGUAAUUAAUUACUGUAAAAUCUGAAUAUAAGCCCACCCAAAUAUAAGCCCACCCGCUUGUUCCUAUUUAUUAACGCGGCAACGGGGAUUCCAAGAUUCUCAUACAAGUGACGAUAAUUACAAUACAGUAUUAUAAUAGGUUAACCAACCUAUUUUAUCAUGUGUUUAUAUAUAUACAGCUAUUUCAAUUAAGGUUGUCCCAGAGCAAAGCGGAAAAGUCGAAUACAAGCGCGAAAGGCUGCUGGGAAUCGCUAAUAAAUUAAUGAAUUUAUUAGGGAUUCCCAGCAGCGUUUCACGCUAGUAUUCGACUUUUCUGCUUUGCUUGGGGACAACCUUAAUUGAAAUAGCUGUAUAUAUACUGUAUGUUCAUAUUUCCUUUCGUUUACAGUGUAGUUUACAGUUACAAUAAAUAUUACUAACACCAAAUGUUGUCCAUAUAUAUAAGCCUACCCAUGUAUAAGCCCAUAAAAAUGCUUACGAACGGUAUACUUUUUAUUUCACUUCACAUAUAUCCUCAGAGAUAUGAAUCUCUGAGCUCAAUGGGUAGAGCAGUCAAGUUUGAAAUUUGAAUAGAUAUGUCAAAAUAAAUAUGAAAGUAGCUUAAUUGUACUUGUAUUACGUACAUGGUAACCUUCCUUUUGACAUAACCUUUUGUGGUCCUGUCCUUUUUUGCAAAUACAAUACACACGAUUCUCGGUUUUAUUGUAUUAUUUUAGGAAGCACACGCAAUGGUUCUUGAGGCAAACAUCAAACAGAGUAACGCCGAGAAAAAGUUUCGGGAGACACAUAGCAAGGUACUGUAUUUGGGAGAGGUCAGAGGAGUUACAUUGAUGUUUAAUGAUACCACAAACCUUUUUGCUAACGUUUGGCAAAAACCAAUUCACAACUUACAACGUAGAUAACUUGUAUGCCAAGUUACUGUAGUUUUAGAAAAGCACACAAUAAAAUUAUGUAGUUAAAUACAUGGUUAAAUAUGUAAACAUCUAGAGGUUGUUUACACAGCCAUAUUUACUGUACUGUGCUACAGCAACUGUCCAGUCACGCGUACGUGAUAAAAAACCGAUAGAAACUUUAUAAACAAAAGAUAAUGUAAAACGUAACAGAACGGCGAACAUGCAUAUUUGGCCAUCUCAAAUAAUGGUAAUGUUGGGAUAGUAGUGUUGCAGACUGCAGAGGAGAGUGGGCAGUAAGGCUCCCUCAUGCACCACCCCAUGGAAAACCUGCACCCCUCCUUGCAGAUGAAGCUAGAAACGCCCAUGGUUGUGAACCCUGUAAAUCUGCCAGCCCUGCAUUCCAGACAAAAACUUCCCUUUUUCCUCAGGUUGAAAUGUUGGAAGCUGAAGUGGAAGCAUUGAAAACUCUGGUGAUAACAUCGACGCCAAGCAAACCUGGCUUCCGAAGACGGAGUACAGAACAACUCAAUAGUUGCAACUCAUGUGGUUCUGUACAUUGCAUGAAUUUAAAUAAUAACAUUCAUUCAGACGAGGGGAAAUGUAUCGAGGGCAGUGUACCAAACCAGGAGAGAGAGGUAUCUUUUCAUUUGCUUCUAAGAAUUAUGCUCUUGAAUCUCUCUAAU